UGCGACGUAUGGAGCUAAUGAGUUCUGAUAGCCGCUCCGAUGAGGCAGAAUGCUAUACUCAAACUGUGCCAUUGAAGCAGCAUGCAGAAAUGCGUCAUAAUGGUCCAACAAACGCCGCUUCCAGCCAUACAGCAAGCAACAGUCUAGUCGGACAAAAUGUUAUGGAUUGCGUAUCGCAAACAGCAAAUCAUCGUCACUUGACGCGUAAUCAACUUGCUGCGCGCACUAGUGUAGGCAAAGAGCUACCAAAGUUUAGCGGUAGACCGGAAGAGUGGCCUUUAUUCUUGGCGACCUACAACCAAACCACCGAAAUAUGUGGAUUCUCACAGGACGAGAGUGUGAUCAGACUCCGAAAGGAUUUAGAAGGAGCAGCUCGGCAAUCAGUGAAAAAUCUAUUGCUGUAUUCAGAGUGCGGUCCACAAAUAAUUUCAACAUUAAAAAUGAAAUUUGGCCGGCCUGAACUUAUAAUAAACGUUUUGCUUGACCAAAUCCGUAACAUGCCGCCCCAAACGACGGAUAAUUUGGAGAGCUUAGUAAACUUUGCGCUUGAAGUGCAAAAUGUUUGCGCAUCUAACCCAGAGCUGGAACAGAAAUUAGUAUCUAAGCUGCCCGCCAUAUUUCAAGCGUUCUGGGGAAUGCACAAAUUGUCACUGACCGAAAGCAAUCUGGAAAAUUUCAGUAAAUGGUUGACCAGCUGGCCCAAGGUGCCAACAGCGUUAUUAUACCCAAUUCGCAGAAGGAACGCAAGCGUGGUGUGUUACAUAUUCAUUCCGAGGGAAAGAAGGACCACAAAUUGGUAAGCUGUAUCGUUU